CUAACUAUAAAAAGACAACCCAAACGCUUAAAAUCUAAGUGUUUUUUGAGCUUCUAUGAGUUAAGUUUAACGAACACACAAAGGUAUCUACGAUGAAGUCAAACAUUUUAUUUGCAGUAUAUUUUUCCGGUCUUAUUAUUUCAUUUAAUGCUGCGCCCCCGCCAGCAACCGAAGACGGAUCAUCAUCAAAAACCUGGACUAAUCUGAAAUAUUUUCUCGGCAAGCACACCUGUGAUCGUCCCGCCAAAAUGCCCAAAUGUGUAACAAAACUUGGAAGCAAUAUUUCUUCCUAUCACUUAAAUAAAGGUUCAAUAAAAACAAGAGCCUGGGGAGACCAAUUCGCAUUUUACGAGGCGGCCGGUCUAAACGCAAUAAGCUUGUACAAACGAAAAGAAGAUGCUCGCAAAUACUUAUACGAUUCGUUGAAAUCUGAAACUUUGGACAAACCAAAAGUGUACACGGCGGGCAUUCUUGGCAGUUUUUUCGACGGAAAACCGGAGAACGUGACGAAAAAUAUAAAUACCGUCGUUGAGUUCUUCAUAGCAGACUUGGAAAGCGAAUUGGCUGAGAAAUGUAAAGAUUUAUAGAAGUUGUACAAUAAUUAUUAUUGCGUUUGUUUCGUCCCGUUGAAUUUGUAAUAUUCGUUUUACAAAUAAACCAUAAUAUAUAUUUCAAA